AUGUCAGAGUUGCGGGAGUUCUCCUUUGUGGCCCACAAGCCUGGCUGCAAGGGGCUGCGCAUCACCACAGAGGCCUGCUGGGGGCGCUGUCACACGUGGGAGAAACCUGUACCAGAACCCCCCUACAUCCACCGUCACCACCGCGUGUGCACGUACAACCGCAGUCGCCACAUGACCGCCCGGCUGCCCGGCUGCCAGCCUGACGUCUCCCCUCUCUACCACUAUCCCGUGGCUCUGGAGUGCCACUGCGAUGUGUGCUCCACACAGGACACAGAGUGUGAGACCUUCUGACAGACAAGGCUCUCCUCUCCCUAAACGCUUCCAUCAACAGUGUGAUGGCUGAACUGAAAAAAGAUAAAAACCUGUGAUUCAAACUUUAAAUUGGUGGUGAUAGCACUUAGAAAGACAUAACAGCAGGAUGUUUAUACUGAAAAACAAAAAAAGUCCAGGAUGGAUAUUUCAUGACUUUGUCAACUAACAAUAAUGUGCAUCUAU